AUGGGCCAGUUAGCCCUCUGUGGGAAAAUUGAGAACCACCUGGUUGAGCUCCUGAACGAAGCGGACAAGUCCAAAUCGCUGAAAAAGAAUCUAUACACUGACUGGGAUUGGAAGUUAAAGCUUGCAUUCCCAAAUUUGACCAUCCCCUCGCUUUUUAGUAAUGGUAAUCCUGAGAUACCGGUUAAUCCAAGAUUGAAUGUUAAGUGGGAAGCACCAAAACUAGGGUGGCAUAAGAUUAACUUUGAUGGUGCCUCUACAGGGAAUCCGGGGCGUAGUGGUAUUGGAUGUUGUAUUAGAGAUUCUGAAGGCAUCUACAUUAAGGAAAUUUCUGAAGACAUCGGUCUGGCCACUAACAAUGAAGCUAAAUUUCGAGCGGCAUUAAGAGGUUUGCAAUAG